AAAAAGUACCUGGGAGAGCCUGAAGACCCCCAUUACAUUCCCGACUCGCCAUGGAUCGAGCGCAAGUUCUUCACCGAGGAGGAGGAGGCCGAAUUGAAAUCGUCCUGCACCUUGGUCCUGGCCAAUGUCCCACAUUCAGAUGAUAUGUCGGAUGACCCACUCAAAUACAUCGCUGCUCAAAUUCAGGAAGGCAAACCCGUACAGCAGUCCAAGACGAAAUCAGAGCACAUCUCUGCACCUGCUCACAAGAUCGAUGCUUCCAAGACCAACAGUGCCAUCCAACAUCUUCUCAAUUUGAAUCCCGAUACCGCCACUCCCUCUGAAUCCUCACAUAGAGACACGCUCUCAACGCAAGACUAUUCAACACCCUUGACAAGCGCCGGGUUUACCCCUGGAGACUCUGCCCGAAGGUUUUCGGACGCUGCCCGCAAGUCCUACAAUAGUAGCAAGAAGCCUGGAAGCAGCCUUCGGAACGACUCUCAAUUACACAAGAGCCGAACAACUUCCAACUCAGGUCUUCACAGGUCGUUCGACACGACAAAUCCAUCUCUAGAGACAGAAGCUAUCAAGCGGACUCUUCGCCUAGUCGCCGACGGUAGCUCACGACCUCAAAGCGGUAGCAGCCUUAGAUCCAUGGACAACGUCAAUUCACUCCGAUUUUCGACACCAGAUCUGAAUAAAUCCCUCCCUCCACCACCAACAAGCCCGCUAGAUCCCUUUGAUGAUCCCAAACAACCUCAUAUCAGCAGAUUGAUGAAGACCAUACGCAAGAAGAAGAGCACAACCGCUCUAGAUAAAGGACGAAGCUUUUCCACGUCCGAUGCUCCACCCCCCCUGCCAACGACAAACAGAACCAAAGCCCCACAGCCGUCUCAGCCAGAUAUUCCCAAUACCUCU